AUGACGAAGAAGAAGAGCCAAGCAGCUAACGAAGAUCAAACGAUCGAAACCAAUAAGAAAAGCGUCUCCCCCGCUUUAAAACCUCAGAAAGAGAAGCCAGUAGUAGCUAAGCAAGUGAAAAGCUCGAAAGAAGAAGAAGACCUGCUACUAGAUUCAGAUUCCGGAGCUGAUUCCGAUUACGACGGAGAUAGUUUGUCCGGCUCUUUGAACUCCGAUGACUUCGACUCCGAUAUCUUCGAUUCCGAGGACGAUGCUUCACAGAGAGAGACGGAAGGUGGAGACGGAGAAGCGUCGGAAGACGAGCUCCAUGGUCAUGAGGGCUCAGAUGAUGAUGAAGUAGAUAGUGAGAAUGGUGAGGAAGAAGAUGGGAGUGAUGAUGAAGGUUCUGAGGAACGUGAAGUUGCUGAAGAGAGUGAUUCUUCUGAAGAUGAGGUUGCUCCUAGGAAUACAGUUGGGGAUGUUCCUUUGGAGUGGUACAAAGACGAGAAACAUAUUGGUUAUGACAUCACUGGGAAGAAGAUUACCAAGAAAGAGAAGCAAGACAAGCUCGACUCUUUUCUUGCAACUAUGGAUGACUCCAAGAACUGGCGCAAGAUUUAUGAUGAGUAUAAUGACGAGGAAGUGGAGCUGACUAAAGAGGAGAGCAAGCUCAUUCGUAGAAUGCUCAAAGGCGAAGCUCCACAUGCUGAUUUCGAUCCAUAUGCGCCUUAUGUCGAUUGGUUCAAAUGGGACGAUGCGAUACAUCCACUCUCAAGUGCACCAGAACCCAAGCGAAGGUUCAUCCCUUCAAAAUGGGAAGCUAAAAAAGUUGUUAAGUAUGUUAGAGCAAUAAGGAAGGGUCUGAUCAAGUUUGAUAAACCCGAAGAAGAGCCCAACGUAUACCUUUUAUGGGGUGACGAUUCAACUUCAGAUCAAAAGAGCAAGCACUUAACUUAUAUUCCUCCACCGAAACUAAAGCUGCCAGGUUCAGUGACUUAUCUGUUUAUCUGCUUCAGUUCUAGAAUUCCAUUUUCGGAGGUUUUUAAUCUGUACAAUUUGGCUUUUCCAGGACACGAAGAAUCAUACAAUCCUUCUUUGGAAUACAUUCCAACAGAGGAAGAAAUAGCAGCUUAUGAAUUGAUGUUUGAGGAAGAUCGUCCAAAAUUCAUUCCUAAAAGGUUUACAUCUCUGAGAAGCAUCCCAGCAUAUGAGAAUGCACUAAAGGAGUUAUUUGCUCGUUGUUUGGAUCUAUACUUAUGUCCAAGAGUUCGAAAGAAGAGAAUAAACAUUGAUCCUGAAUCAUUGAAGCCUAAGCUACCUAGUAGGAAGGAUCUUAGACCUUAUCCAAACUCCUGCUACCUUGAGUAUAAAGGCCAUACAGGAGCUGUUACUUCUCUAUCCCCUGAUUGUUCUGGCCAGUGGAUAGCCUCAGGUUCUGCUGAUGGAUCUGUUCGUAUAUGGGAAGUGGAGACUGGUAGAUGUCUUAAGGUCUGGCAGUUUAAGGAACCUGUGAAGUGUGUCGCCUGGAAUCCUCUUCCUGACUUUCCAAUUCUAGCCGUCGCCAUGGGACAAGAUUUGGUUAUCCUGAACACUGAACUUGGCACUGAUGAGGAACAACAAAAGAUUGAAGAGCUGCUUCGCUUAGGAAGCCUUCCAGAACUAGAUGAAUCUGCUGCGGCAAUUGUAAGCUGGCAUCAAGAUGAGACAUUUGGAGGGAUCAAGAUAAGACAUUUUAAGAACGUAUCAUUUGUUGACUGGCAUCCAAGAGGAGACUAUCUCUCAGCAGUCAUGUCAGCAGGCGAAACGCGAGGUGUUGUCAUACACCAGCUCUCAGUGCAUAAAACACAAAGGCUCCCAAUAAAGAUGCGGGGACUUCCCGUCUGUACACUUUUUCAUCCCCACCACCGUGGAAUGUUCAUCAUCGCCACGAAAAAGAACGUGCGUGUUUUCAACCUUCAGAAGAAAGAGUUGCCCAUCAAAAAGCUUGAGACCGGGUUGAGAGAGAUCUCAUCGAUGGCGAUUCAUCCUGGUGGUGAUAAUCUGAUAGUAGGAAGCAAAGAAGGGAAGAUGUGUUGGUUUGACAUGGAUCUGUCUUCGAAACCGUACAAGACUCUCAAGAACCAUCCUAAAGACAUUACGAAUGUGGCUUUCCACCGCUCGUAUCCGUUGUUCGCUUCGUGCUCGGAGGAUUCAACGGCUUAUGUGUUCCAUGGAAAGGUGUAUAGUGAUCUGAACGAGAAUCCUCUGAUUGUGCCUUUGGAGAUUCUAAGAGGCCAUUCUACUUCUUCUUCAAAUAGAGGAGUCUUGGACUGCAAGUUUCAUCCGAGGCAACCAUGGUUAUUCACUGCAGGCGCAGACUCAGUUAUUAAACUUUAUUGCCACUAA